GACGUGAUGACCUGCUGAUGACAGAUCGCAGACUCUGCUAUAUUUACCGUUUGUCAAAUUGUUUUCUUUUUCAAUGUUUGCAAUGUAUCACGCUGUUGUUGAUUGCUUAUCAGUGAUUUUUAACAAUAAAUAGUGUCUAAUCUCCAAGAAUCAUGCAAUCAUUUUUAACAAUCUAAAAUAAAGUGUCAGUGAUUAACGAAUUGAGAAAGUUAGUGUUUUUUUUCAAUCUAACUGUCAAGGAUAAAUAUAUCUCUCAAGGAUAUAUUUGUGUUUGGUUUUGUGUGUAAAUGCAACAAUAAUUUUUUUCAUCUCUCUGGAAUUUUUUCUUUUUGGAGUUGUUAAUAGAAAAAAUGAUGGAAGAUUAUAAAUUUUUAUUUAAAGUUGUUCUUGUUGGUAAUGCCGGUGUUGGAAAAACAUGUUUAGUGCGAAGAUUCACUCAAGGAUUAUUUCCACCUGGACAAGGAGCGACGAUUGGUGUUGAUUUUAUGAUAAAAACUGUUGGAGUGGAAAAUGAGAAAGUUAAGCUUCAAAUUUGGGAUACAGCGGGUCAGGAGAGAUUUCGUUCGAUUACGCAAAGUUAUUAUAGAUCGGCUCAUGCUUUAAUUUUAGUGUACGAUAUUUCUUGUCAACCAACUUUCGAUUGUCUACCUGACUGGCUUAGAGAAAUUGAAGAGUAUGCGAGUAAUAAAGUACUGAGGAUAUUAGUUGGAAAUAAAAUUGAUCGGGAGGAUAGAGAAAUACCGACGCAUGUUGGCGAAGAUUUCGCUCAACGUCAUGGUAUGUAUUUUCUAGAAACUUCGGCAAAGGAGGCGGAAAAUGUCGAAAGGUUGUUUAUGGAAAUUGCAGCCGAACUUAUGGAGCAAGCACGUUGCAAGGAGUUACCACGAUAUGAAACCAAUGUGACAACAAUCAAUGGGAAAACAACAUCAAUAGGAGAUAAUGCAAAUUGUAGAUGCGGUCGCUUUACCUAAUUUAAUAAUUAAUUUAGACGCUUGACUUAUUUUAAGAAAAGGGACAGAUUUUCAGUUGACAAGCUUAUUCCAUUAAUGUGGAAAUUCACCAAAGUGCUUUAUUCUCUACACCAACCUCAAACUAUUUUCUACCAAUACAUCACUUAUGCAAUUUCUCUAA